AGGGAAAAAGAAAUUAUCUUCUCUUGAUAUGCUAAAAAUGACAACUAAAAGUGAAAAAUGUAUUUAGAAUACUAGACAAGUAAAAGUGAAGGGAGAGAGUAAAACCAAAUGAAAAAACGAUUUACUACUUCUUUUAAUGGAAGGGACAAAAAUGGAAAAGAUUACUUUCGUCCUUUUUUCUUAUAGAUAUCACUACUAUAUAAUGAAAUAUAAACAUUUUUAUGAUUUUUCAAAUAUAUUUCUAAAAUUAUGAUCUAAUAUAGUUCCUAUCGAAACUAAAAAGGAAAAAAGAAAAUCCAAAUGGACUUGCGCGGGAACUUCCAGACAGUUAUAUCAGUUAUUCAUGAAAACAACCUUCCACGUGUCUCUCCCUGUUCGCUUCUUAUUCCUCCAAAAAAUCCAAUCUUUCUUCUUCCUUUUCCUUCAUCCUCAACAAUUUUCUCAGCUCUUCAAUGGCUUCUCAGAACCCUAAUCUCCAUAAAGCCCCAUUUUAUCCACAUGUCAUUCACAAUGAUCCAAAUCUCCAAUCAACCUCUGAUUCUCGUCCCAAUCUUUAUCCAACCAUAGACGAAAAGGACCUCACCGACGAAAAACUCAUCCCUGACAAUUACGAAAUAAUCCCUUCUGCCCCUCCUGAGUCUCACGAGGAAACCCUUCUCGUUAUCCCUGGUGUCCUAAUCCAUUUGAUUGAUAAACAUUACUCCGUUGAGCUAGCCACGGGUGAUUUAUAUCUGUUUCGUCUGUUGCAAGAUAAGAAUACCGUUGCUAUUCUUGCUCGUGUGGGUGAUGAGAUCCAAUGGCCGUUAACUAAGGACCUGACCGCGGUGAAAUUGGAUGAUUCACAUUAUUUCUUCUCAUUUCAAGCUUUGAUAGAGGAUCAUUUGGAUUCCAGUGAUGACGAGAAAGAAAAGGGUAAAAAAAAGAAAGAAAAGGGUAAAAAGGAGAAAGAAAAGGGACCGAUGGAUGAUACGUUGAAUUAUGGGUUGACGAUUGCUUCAAAGGGUCAGGAGAAAUUGUUGAAGGAGCUGGAUGUUAUUUUGAAAAGUUACAGCAGGUUUUCUGUUCAGAAGGUGGAGGAAAAGGCGGCAUUGGCAAUGGGAGGAACAGUGGCAAGGGAGUUGUCUCCAGAAGACUUGAAAUCGGAGAAAAAGAAGGAGAUAUUGGAAGAGCGAUGCGCUCAAUACUGGACCACGUUAGCGCCCAAUGUGGAGGAGUAUAGUGGAUUAGCUGCAAAAUUAGUUGCUCAAGGAUCAGGUCAGCUGAUCAAGGGGAUUUUGUGGUGUGGAGAUGUGUCAGUAGAACGAUUGAAGCGCGGAAAUGAUAUUUUAAAGCAAAGGAUGGCUACAGGGACGAAGGCCGAGAUUAGUCCUGAGACAUUGAAGAGGAUAAAAAGGGUUAAGAGAGUAACAAAGAUGACUGAGAAAGUAGCACUUGGAGUCCUUUCUGGAGUUCUCCAGGUUUCAGGAUUCUUCACUAGUUCAGUUGUGAAUUCCAUAGCAGGAAAGAAGUUCUUCAAGAUGCUGCCAGGGGAGAUGGUCCUUGCUACUCUGGAUGGAUUUUGCAGAAUAUGUGAUGCUGUUGAAGUAGCUGGAAAGAAUGUAAUGUCCACAUCAUCCACCGUGACAACUGAACUUGUUCAGCAGAAGUACGGAGAUGAGGCAGCAAAAGUGGCAAGCGAAGGGCUUGAUGCAGCAGGACAUGCUGUUGGGACUGCCUGGACUGUUUUUAAGAUCAGAAAGGCGCUUAACCCCAAAAGUUCCUUUAAUCGCGCCACCCAACUAAAGUCUAGUGCUAAAGCUGCUACUAUAAAGAAGGCCAACAGCUCAAAGUACUGACCUUGUUUGACUUUUCACUGGUGGAGCUGUCCAUUUACGCCCUCUUUUAGAUUUUUCCGUUGUCAUACAUGUUGAUAUAUGUUAUUACAUGUAAAUGAUAAGGAUUUUAGUCUUUGUAAAAGAUCAAAUUUUCCACACCAAUCCACCUCAAUUUCAGGUUUUCACCCUCUUAUCAUUUUAUGUUUUCUUGGAAGAGGGAAUAUACACCAGCAAAAAAUUCUUGUUCUGAUAGUAGCUUUAAUCAUCGACUAAAAACACAUGUAAUCUGUUAUUGACUGUAUCUUUGAUCAUGGAUAUAAUGUUAUUCUAACAGGGAAAUCUCCCUGAUUUUGUU